AUGCACUUCUCCGUUAACAUUGUGUGGCAGUGGUACUAUAAUUUGUGAUCGUCUAUAGAGUAUAGACAGUUGAUGAAGGAGGAUUGCUGAAGACCCCAUCGGGUUAGUGGCAACUCUUUGGGGUCACGCGUCGAGGACCGCGCGAGAAUCUCCCUUCCAAUAUGAGUUUUGAGUCUUAAGUCUAAGUCUGAGGCUACAUUGAAUUGAAAGACACUUCAACCUUUUCCAACCAUUAUGUGGUUCACUUCAGCCCUGCUGCAGCCACUGGCGUCGGUAGUUGAACGGGGUUCAAUUUCCGCCGAGACCCUCUGGGGCAAUCUGCCAACCACCAGGCAGUCCCUGAGGCAAACAUGAAACACCCGCCUGCCCCCCCUAUCUGAACCAACUGGGGGACAUGUCUCCCCUCAUCUCGCUUGCUGGUGUGAUGAGACCUGCGCCAAUUGCCAAUCAAGCGUUUCAAAACGGUGCUCGGCCUCGGCUUUGACCAGCGACGCGCUGGAAUGGGGAACGAACUGCGGGUUCAUGCAGCGACUUCACAUCACACAGCUUUCCCGACACCAAUCACCACCGCGCUGUUGAUUAUUCACUCGCCUUUGCAUCCUUCCCACGCUGCCUUCUCCUGGCCCCUAACGGUCUCUUUGUUCCACCGCUUUAUCCUCCUUUAAGUUCGCUCCUCGUUCCCUCCAGUCCGUUGCAACCGUCCAUGCCGCUUGUCUGCUCACCACC